AGUAUGGCUAUGUGAAAUGCCGUCACUAAUUGUCCAUUGUUGCACGUGGAACGUCGGUGAUGAAAAACCAGGAAGCGAAGACCUCUCUACCCUUCUUGGAGUUAACGCAAAACCAUCACCCGAUGUAAUAAGCGUUGCACUUCAAGAAGUCUGUGGAGAUGACGCAUGGAGACAAAAGCUACUGGAACACUUGUAUCCUCAUGGUUAUGUGCUGAUCAAGUCACGUAAUUGUUGGGCCAUUUGGAUUUUUUCGUUUCUGAAGAGAAACCUUUUGCCUGCAGUCACAAAUAUUGAGUCCGAGGUAACAGCCUCAGGAUAUGCUGGUGUCAUGGGAAAUAAGGGCGGGGUUAGUGCGAGAUUUGAACUUUGUGGGAUAAACAUGAUCUUUCUUUCGUGUCAUUUUACUGCCCAUAGAGAAAACAAGCAAGAUCGGUUAAAUGAUUAUAUCGAUAUUAUAGAUCAUCAGAGUUUUAGGGAUGAAGAUGUCAAUGUCAUCAUUGAUCAUGAUUAUGUUUUCUGGAUGGGUGAUUUAAAUUUUCGUAUCGAUCACCUCAAAAAACCUGAAGUGGAGUUAAUGGUCAAACAAAAACGUUUUAACGAACUUCUACAGCAUGAUCAACUUCUUAAUAUGAAAAACGAAAAAUUGUUAUUUCAUGAUUUUAAUGAAGGCACUAUAUCCUUCCCUCCAACCUUCAAAUUUGACAAAGGAACGGAUACAUACGACAGUAGUAAAAAGCAGCGCGUUCCUGCGUGGACAGACCGUAUAUUGUAUAUGGUUCACCGAGAUUUCGCUCUUGAUCACCACCUUAACCUCCCUGAAAGUGACCGACAGAGACCAGCUAGCCCAUCCCGUCGAUUACCUGUACGUGGGUCACCAUCCGAAGUGGAGGAAAAGUUCCCAGCAAACAAAUCUAUCAAAGGGAGACAACACCCUGAGGCCGUUUUACUCAAGUAUACUAGUUUGAAUGAAUACAAAACUUCGGAUCAUCGGCCAGUUAUCGCAGUAUUCAAAUUAUCUGUGCCUCCAAGAUGGUUUAGCUUACCUGUCAAAUUUAUUGAGCCUGAUGGCAAAGCAUAUUCAUUCAAUGCCAAUUUGGAAAUAUCGUACCAAGUUCUUGAUCCACCCGGCCUAUUAAGGCUUUCAGAAACAAAUUCAUUACUUUCAUCCAAACAAUAUGUUCCAGUAUCUGAUUUUGCCAAACUACUCUUAUUAAAUACACUAGGACACUCUUCAAAAUCGGGAAAAUCAGAAAGCACAAAUGAUGAUGAUUUAGGCCCACUGGCUCCACCAACUUUACAAACUACAUCAUUUGACUGGAUAGCCCUUUACCCAGCAGAAUUUGCAGAUCUGGAAAAAGAUUAUAUAACCUACGUUUAUGCAUCAAGUAAUGUAUCUCAAGCGAAGCAUCGAAAAAAUUCUGUUUCUUCCGCCCUGUUGCAGCCUUCAAAUACAGCGAAAUUUCAAGAGUUAUAUAAGGCUAGAAUUGAAUCAAGUCGAUUAAAGGAUUUACCUGGUCAAUCAUUUUGUCUUGUUUAUAUGAGUCGCAAUAAGCACUGUCCUCAGGGUUAUAGUUUACCUUUCAAAAUUCGUACUGUUAAAAAGUUAACGAAAUUAAAGAAAUUAUUACCGAAAUUUCUUUUGUCUAAAAGAAAACCAUCGUAAUAAGUAAUUAUAGUUGGUAAUAUUAUCUUGUUGAUUGUGUAGAAUUUGUGUUAUAAAAACUAUAUAUAAAGAUAUCACUUUUGUUUUUAGCUAUACCAAGUUUUUGUUUUUAAUUUAAAAAUGAUUUUGUGUUGGUGAUGGGGUUUCAGGGUUGAUGAUCUUAUUUAAUAAAAUGAUGAUAACAUGUCGAAUCUAUCAACUAUAUAGUUGAUUCUUUUUGAAGCAACCUCAAUUUUUUGUUAUGGGUGAUUGAUGCACUUAAAAUAAUUGUGAUAAAGCAUUUCUAACUGUGUAGCCUAAUUUUAUCUACACGAUUAUUUCAAAUUAUAUUAAACGUCAUUAAUCCAUGUUAACUCAUACUGAAAGUAACCACUUUAAUAAGACUAUGUAUGUAAUGAAUAAAAGUAAAGAGAUCUUUAAAACUGAAGCUCAAUCACCAUAGAUUUCACUGAUGGAUUGCUAUGUUUAACGAUUUAUUUACAGAAUUAAUUAUAUACUCAACUUAUAGAAAAGAAUGUUUGAUCAAUGGACAAUAAAACUUUGAAAGAUUCAUAAUGUCUCCUGUUUAUUAGUUACCUCAGAUAUACAAACAUGUCAACCUCAUUUAUCUUACUCUAUGUUGUGCUGUUUUAACUGUGUUUUCCUUGUAUGUAUUACGCUGAUUAUUAACAUUAUUUCUCGUUUAGUAUCGUGAUUAUGUUGUUUCUUCUGUUUUAUUCACUUUUUCGUGAUCCUGUACUUUCAUUCUUUUUCUAGUGCUUUUGGUUUUUUUAUUUCAUGCGAAACUCGACUUUAAAGCAAUAUAUAAGUGUAUUAUUUGUUUUGUGAUUAAGCACUUGAAAUUUUU